GACAAUUGACAGUUGUUUGUGAUUUGUGUAACGGUGAUGUUGAUACGUGCUAUUUAUUCCAACAAUUUAAAUUUUUGCUAUUAAUGAUUCACUAUAUUAUUCGCAUAUGUUUAAUAUACAUAUAUAGGAUAUCUGUGUAACUUGCAUUACAUAGUAUAUACUCAAAUAAUAAGUGCAAAUACUGUGAGGCACAAUGCUAGUGGCUCGAUCCGUUUCACCAACUCGGACUAAUGAUCGCGACCGCUGUGCCAGACCCUACUGCCAGUGCUGGAAUAAAAAAGCACCUGUAUCGUGGACUCAGCUAAGAUCUUGUACCUGCGGAGAAGAUAAUGAUGUCAGCGAAUGGAAUUGGGAGCAACCGAACGGCAUCGGAUCCAGCUGGGUGAUGGUCAGCGAGGACAAGAAGCAAGUGACCUUCCACCCGUUCUACAGCUCGGGCACGGCGGCCGUGAGGGGCGACGCGCCGUUGCUGCACAACUAUCAUUACUACUGGGAGAUAAAGAUACUUACAGAGACUUACGGUACUGACAUUAUGGUAGGCCUCGGCACGAGCAAAGUGAACACGACAGAUUUCGAGUUCACAUCGCUCCUGGGACAAGAUGGCGAAUCGUACGGGCUCUCCUACCGGGGCACCGUUAAACACAACGCCACAGAGAUGCUGGAGUCGGCCGGGUUCUGUCGGGGCAGCAUCGUGGGCGUGCGGGUGGACAUGUGGCGUGGGACGCUCGAGUUCUACCUGAACAGGCGAGCGCAGGGCAUAUCCUUCUACAACCUCCGCAGACACCAGGCUCUGUACCCCAUGCUGUGCUCCACGGCGGCGCAGUCGAGCAUGCUGCUGAUAUACGCCGCCUCCUGGCGUGCCUCGCUUCUGGUGGACGCUGCCAAAAUACUCGCAGCGUCGCUGAGGAAUGACAGACAGACGGCGUUGCCGCCGGGCUUGUGGUACACGUGCAGGUCGCAGUUCUGGCUCACUUUGCCCACGGAUGGUCAAGUCUCUAACGAUGACGAGGAGCAACCCACCGCCGUCGAAUUACAAACCGUCAAAGUUGCAUCAAAUGUGAAUGUAUCAUCCGGCAUGAAACGGCGCCAUUGGCAGAUGAAAGCGCUGAACGCACGCGCUGUACGCAGCGAUAAUAUUUGAUGCGCAGCGCUUUUUGCGCUUUUUGUCUAUAUUUGAACGGUGUUAAAUAGGGAGACAGUUAUGAAAAAUGCUUCCUUCUCUGUCUAACACCUUAAAAUCGACACUUUUAUUACUAAUUGUCACUAAUUUAGAUAGUGUUGGCCAAAGAGAGAGAUGCAUAACCUUGUAUCGUCUCCCUUUCACAUCGUAUACUUGAUAGUUUAUAGUAAUAGUGGAUCCUAACAAAUAUAAUAAGGAAUGUGUUAGACAGAGAGGGAGAUACAAUAAAAUGUUUAUCUCUGUCACACGUCGUAAUACUGAUUGAAAUUUGACAGUAAUAACACUUGAUUAUGCUCAUUAGGACGAUGUUAGACAAGGAAAGAGAUAUGCAAAUUGUUUACUUCUUUCUCUCGUACCUUAAACGUCACUUCGUAAGCAAGAAAGGAUCCGUGAUAGUUCAAGUAUUACCCUGAUUACAUAUUUGAAUGUUCAGUUAAUAAAAGAAGCAAAAAAAAUCAUUUAUUUUAAUUUUAUUUGUACAAAAAGGUAACAUUACGUAAAAAAAAACAAACAUGCAGCAAUAAAUUAACUAUUUCAGUUAUGGAGCUACAUUUUGAAGCAGAAUUUAGAGUAAAUUUAGAGUCUAAACACUACGAUUCAAGUGUGAAUCUGUCCCUUUCUCACACACGAAAGUCAAAAUAACAUUCAACGCAAAGUUGUCAGCAAGUUGUCUCGUUCUAGCCUAUAUUAUGCCAAUGGGAUAGACAGAGAUGGAUAUAGAAA